UGGACCUCAGGAUGGGAUAUGCUCCGUAGAAAACAAACGUAACUUAGCGAAGAAGGCGUCCCAUGUGAACUUCUCAAGGCACGAUCUGAUCAUUACAUGCGACAAGGUACCAGAUGGAACGUUUCAGAACAAUGUAAGCAGUAGUCCUUCCAAUGUCACCAGUACACAAUCCAAAUCAAGCAGCUCCCUACUGGGCUACCUACUGCCUCUGAGGAGCCGCAGUCACAAACAAACUAAGAUUCAGACAAAAAUUGUAAUGUCGUCACAAGGGAGGCGAUCAAGCUUUCCCUCCAGGAAAAAGUCAGAUGCCAGUAAAAUCCCAGCGUUAAAGGGCCUUCAAAAGAAAGGCACAUCUAAAAGUCCCAGUAUGCCAAAAAAACACCCGCUAACCCCGUCCCAAGAGGCUGUGAGUGCAGCCACAACCAAACCAAGAGCGGGAUCUAAUCUAGGGGUGCCGUAUUCUGAUGACCAGCAACAGAUGCUGCGAAGCAGUACUGAGGAUCUAGACAGUGUGGAGGUGAGCAGUCGUGAAAAUGGGAGUAGCGGGGAAGGAGGGCUGGACGAGAUGGAUGGCCCAACGCCCACAGAUACUCAUACCCAUGACCCCCUCAGGACCAAAACUGCCAUUGAACAAACUCAGGCAAAAAUUCGCAGAACCAUGGAGAUGAUAAAGGCUGAACAAGCUGCCAAAGAAGAAAAUGUCAACGAAUACCUAAAACUUGCCGCCAGUACUAGUGCUGAUAAACAACAGUUACAACGGAUUAAAACAAUGUUUGAGAAAAAAAAUCAGAAAUCCACACAGACGAUUAGUCAUCUCCAGAAAAAACUGGAGAAUUAUCAUAAACGUUUAAGCGAUAUAGAAACUUACGGUGUGUCUGGACAUAAACAAGCUAGAGAAGUGUUACGGGAUAUGGGUCAGGGACUCAAGGGUGUCGGUGCUAACAUUGUAGAUGGUAUCACAGGGUUUUCGGGGGGCGUGGUGGACAAUAUCAAAGGUGCCAAAGAUACUAUUGUGUCAAAACCCAAGGAAUUUGCUCACCUCAUCAAGAACAAAUUUGGAAGUGCUGGCGACAUCAGUGAACUCAAGAUCAUGGAUGAGGUCCCAUCAACAGAGGGAGAGAAAACUCAUGGUAGCACACUGCCUGCAAGUUUUAAAUACGGGUCCGAUGAUGAUAAUAGCAGUAUAACUUCUGGAUCAGGAUUUGGAGCUCAUAGCAGUCCUCCUUCAGUAUCCCAGAAUACAUCACAACAACUUCCGAUCCUCACACAGGCUAGCCUUGACCCUGUUGUCAUGGAGAUGAAGGAACUUCGAGACAGCAAUGCACAAAUGCAGGAAACUAUACAGUGUCUGCUAAAAGAGUUUGAAAUGUACAGGGUAACAACCCAAUCUGACCUCAGUCUCGUGAAGACAUUCCUGGAGGAGGAGCGCUAUCGGGUGGAACGACUGGAGGAGCAGAUCAACGACAUGACAGAACUUCACCAAAACGAGGUUACGAAUCUACGUCAGGAUAUCAGCAGUAUGGAGGAGAAGAUAGAGUAUCGACUCGAUGAACGGACGGGUGAUCUUCACGAGUCAUUAGAAAACUGUCAAACAAGAGUAUCAAAAAUGGAACUUCAACAGCAGCAACAGCAGAUAAUCUCUAUGGAGAUGGUUGACAAUGUGACAUUUCGAACUUUGCUUACUAAGUUAAUCAACGUAGUAUUAGCUCUUCUAGCCGUGGUUCUAGUCUUCGUAUCUACAGCUGCCAAUCUUGUUGCUCCUUUCCUCACGACCAGAGCAAGGAUUCUCAGUACUGUAGUUUUGAUAUUUGCCCUUGUGUUAGUGGGCCAGAACUGGGGAACGAUAUCAACGACUGUAUGUAACAUUUGGAAUUAUGUUGUGGAUUUGUUACCACGACGAUAACAGGAAGACAGUGUGGUCUUAAGCUGGACCUUCCAUUUCAUAUACUGAAAACCAAUCAGUAUUUUUGAUUGGAUGACUGUCGAUCGUGUAAAAGCGACUAUAACGUUUAACACUAUUCGGCGCAAUAACCAGAAUGUUGUCAGUUCUCCUCUGUAGAAAGUGUUGAUGCUUGUGUUAGAUGUGAUGAAUUCUUGCCAGAAGAUAUGGAAUUAGAUCUAAAUUUCAAUAAAUGUAUACAUCCUUGUGCUGAAAGACACUGUAUGUAUAAAACUAUGUUUUCACGACUUGAUAUUUCAAAGGUGUUUUCAUCUGGAAUUUCACACAAAAUUAUUCUGUUACAGAAUUUCCUGUGUGCGUGUUACUGGUUUGAGGUUUUCGCAAAAGUGAUAUCCUAAAUGGGAUGAUAUUGGUUUUCAAAUUGGACAUUUGGAAUAUUGGAUUGUAAAAAAGGUUACGAUUAGUUUAUUGGAGAUACCUUGCACAUAAAACGGAUGACUUGAUGGUUGUUUUGUGUAGGCAGAAUGGCGAGAUGUUCUGUUCCAUUCGUCACAAGAAGUAAACCCCAGAUUUACUUUGUGACUAGAGAUUUGUAAGGUUGUGAGGUGAAGGCAAUUAAAAUAGUAGUCCAGUAAUCAACUAUUGAUUACAAAGUAAAAGCUAGCACUGUGGAUUAGUAUAAGGGAUUAUUUCGUUUGGAAAUGAGAGUUAUGUCCCUUGCCAAGCAGGGUUAUUGAUAUGUUAAUGAAUUGCUUUGUUAUAGAAUUGUAUCUUACUAAUAUUAAAUUUUCCACAUGCAUUGCAUGUCCCCGUGAUACAACGUUGAUAGAUGGUAAGAACAAGUGUUAUACAAGUAUUUUUAAAUGUGUGUCUUUUUCUGUGAUAAAUGUGGUACACGAUAUAUGAAAAAAUCUUAAUAUUUGAAGGAGUCCAAUAUCUCAUUCCCAAAAGAUGUUCACACUUUCCUUCAAAAAACUCCAACACACAAUAUUAAAGUUGAGUAUGCUUAACUUAACAUAGUUAUCAAUCCCCUUUUGGAUUAGCCUGUCACUAAUUUGUGUUUUCAUGUACAUGUAUGAAUGAAGUUUCAGCGGAGUACAUUUUAAGAUAGUCUCUUUCCCAGUUUUUCUAUUUUCCUUUUUUUUUUGGUGUAGAAUUUUUUCAUGUGGGGUCCAGUGGUAUCUUUUAUGAUAAAGUAUUAGUGGCAUUCCCCUUUGUCCUGGACUGUGUAGGGUUCUAUAAUUCUUUGACAAAUUUGCAUAUCAAGUAUUUGUUAACUAAGUGAAUUUAAGAAAAAAGAUAAUUUAGCAUAUUAUUUUUUAUGAUUGUUGUGAAACCAGCAUUCAUGAUGUAAUACUUGUCCUAUUUUCAUGGAAUCCUAUACUCCUCAAUAACUUCCUUAUGGGUCUUGCAAUUCUAAUGGUUUACCAAGAUGUAUUACAUCAGAGAGGAAAUUUUACAAUUGCCAUAUUUUGUAUGGUGUUAAAAAAAUUACUGCUUAUAAGUUAUAUUUGAUACACUUGAUAAAUUUCUGACAAUUUUUACAUUGUUAAAAUUGGGUUUUGCUUAUGUCAACAAAAGAAUGAUAUUUCUUGAAUGUUAUUUAAAACAAAUAGCAUUAUUUUGGGAAAUCUUGUCUGACACUUUUUUUGAAAUACAUCUUUACUUCUA